UAAAAUAAAACGAAAAGUUCUGGACGCACCGCAAAUAUUACAAUUUGCUUACAAUUAUAGCAUGAAUUUCGUGUAUUUGACAUGAUAAUCUGAUAUGGAGACUGAAGAACAACCCUCCGAACCCAAGCAAAUCAACGUCGAAGACCUGAACAUUGAAAUUUUGCCCGUGAUCUACGAAAUCAUUCGUAGUGUAGAGAAGGACCAUCACGAUAACACGGCCAAAACGCGGGAGUCGCAGGACUGUUCCCAGAAAGUGUUGGAGCUGCAAAAACGUCUAGAUCAAGCCAGAGCGGACAUUCGUAUGCUUCCUGGCAUAGAAUACAGCAAAGAACAGCAACUCAAACACUUGGAAGCACUUAAAACUCAAUUGAGGCUCAAGCAAAAUUUACUGCAGAAGUACCGUGACAUGUACCCCUUUCAAAUGCAAAAAUCCUAA